AUGACCCGGCAAUCUCGUAGCGCACACACAGAAAGAAAAUUUCGGGCCACAAUAAAGCACGGAAAGACGAGCGAUCGAAUACGUACCGACUGGGAAAAAGGUGUUGUCGCCAAAAGGGCUGGUGGUCGUGGGGUGUCGGAAAGUCGAAGUGUGCCGGAUUUCCCUCGAACGGCCGCACUCUUGGACCGCGUCUCAGGUGACUUUGUGUGGUGCCCUAAGCGAGUCACGGGACUAGCCAAACCCCCACCCGCUGAGGUAAUCACCGAUAAGGCCGAAUUCUUAUCGCUCACGCCUGGCACUCUAUCUACGCUCUACAGAGCUAUCGACUCCUUCGUCAAUAUGGACACUCGAAAACCAACGAGCUCACAGCGGCUCCCACCACCCGCUCUGUUCCAAGGUCCCCCAUCUCACAAUGCAUCCAACAUUUCUUUAUCCGCACCGCCCGCUGCAUCGUCUCUUGCAACUCCCUCGGGCAGCCAGCCUCCGCCGCUUCACCGGAAUAUCUCGCCCGGCAACGAAGCUGCUAGCGCCGACAAUCGCAGUCUUCUAUCCCCAUUCGUCUCACGGCAUCCCUCCAAGAAUGAUGUAGAUGGAUCCGAUGCCAUCUGGGAGGAGAUGCAGAGUGCCCUCUCGGAGGUGGAAUUGAGCGCGGUAACGAGCGAGCAUGUCUUUGGCGAGAAGCAUUCGGAGGCCCUAGAGGAUCUGCGCAUGAAACAACUAAAACUUGCCCAGGCAUGGGCGCGCAGUGAGGCGGACGAGAUCGUUGACUCGAGUCACAACCCUCAAGAUAAAGAGGGCGCCGCUGCCACCGCUGCGAAGCGGCAAGGCUCCGUGGAUACCAAUACUGCAGAUGCUACGACUGAGCAAAGCGCCAACAGGGACGGUGUUUCAUAUCGCGUGCUGGAUGAAGAGACCGAGAAAGAUAUCAUCUUUGCGCGCAAGCGCCGCGAGGCGAAUGACCGUUAUUUUGACCGCGUCAAUCAUGGUGUCUUGGACGUUGUUGCCAAGCUGGAGGAAGUCGCCCAGGCUAUGCGCACUGUGGAGCGGGAAAGCAAGGAUAUCUGGAGUGACUCAGACAGCGUCACUACCACAGCUCCAUCGACCAAUACAGGAUAA